GGAAGCGCAGUUCCGGUUAGGCUGCUGAGUUUGUUUACGUUGCUCACGGAUCUGUCCGCUGCCUUCCGCAGCUCGGAUGCCAAAAUGGGAAAAUCCUUCGCCAACUUCAUGUGCAAAAAGGACUUUCAUCCUGCCUCCAAAUCCAAUAUCAAAAAGGUAUGGAUGGCAGAACAGAAAAUAUCAUAUGAUAAGAAGAAACAAGAAGAAUUAAUGCAACAGUAUCUUAAAGAACAAGAGUCUUAUGAUAAUAGAUUGCUUAUGGGAGAUGAACGUGUAAAGAAUGGCCUUAAUUUCAUGUAUGAAGCCCCACCAGGAGCCAAAAAAGAAAACAAAGAGAAAGAAGAAACAGAAGGAGAGACAGAAUACAAAUUUGAAUGGCAGAAAGGAGCUCCACGAGAAAAAUAUGCCAAAGAUGACAUGAACAUCAGAGAUCAGCCCUUUGGCAUUCAGGUUCGAAAUGUGAGGUGCAUUAAAUGUCACAAAUGGGGUCAUGUCAACACAGAUCGAGAGUGUCCUUUGUUUGGUCUUUCUGGAAUCAAUGCAAGUUCCGUUCCCACUGAUGGCUCAGGGCCAUCGAUGCACCCCUCGGAGCUAAUAGCGGAGAUGAGAAACAGUGGGUUUGCACUGAAACGAAAUGUACUGGGGAGAAACUUGACCGCAAAUGAUCCAUCACAGGAGUAUGUUGCAAGUGAGGGUGAAGAAGAUCCAGAAGUGGAAUUCUUAAAGUCACUCACAACCAAACAAAAGGAGAAACUCCUCAGGAAAUUGGAUAGACUUGAAAAGAAAAAAAAGAAAAAAGAUAGAAAAAAGAAAAAGUUACACAAGAACAGAGGUAAACACAAAAAACAUAAAAGCAAAUCCUCCUCUUCCUCCUCCUCUUCCUCUAGUACAGCUUCAGAAAGCAGUAGUGAGAGUGACAAAGAAAAGAAGAAAAGAAAGAAAAACAAGUGUUCAGGAAACAACAGUGAUUCUGAAGAAGACAAGUCUAAGAAGAGAAAACUUCAUGAAAAACUUUCUAGCAGUCGCAGUAACAAGGAAAAAGUCAAGGAAAAGCCUCAGUUUUUUAAAAAAGAGAUUUCAGGAGAGAAUAGCAAACGGAGCUAUCCUGAUGACCACAAGUCUAGAAGCCACCACCACAGCCCAGAGAAGAGAGGGUCAGAAAGAAAAGAGGGGAGCAGCAGAAGCCUUGGCAGGGAUGAGAAGAGUAGGAGAAGCCGAAGCCGAAGUCCUAAUAGUUAUAAGCAAAGGGAGAUAAGGAAACAGCCACAGCGGAGUCCCAGCGAAGAGCGUGGUAGAGGAAAUGACACCAGGAGCCGUGACACUAAUACAUACAGAGGAGAAAGAAUGCACAAGGAGCACUCAGGAGAUACGCACACCAAAGGGACCCACAGAGAAAGAAGCAGAAGUCGGGAGAGAAUAAAGAGACCACAUGUGACAGUUACCUAGGAAUAAAAGCAUCUCCACUUUCUUACUGAACACCUUUAGCAAGGGCUAAAUUAUGUACUGUUAUCUUUGUAAUAAAAAAAAAACUAUUUUAAUUUCCAUCUCUGUAAACUGUCAUUUCAAAUACAAAACCGUAAGAAUGAAUUUUGCAAAUAUUUGUAAGUAACCUAUUUUGGGUCUGUAGAAAUAUUUUCUCUUGGUAACUGUUUCUUGUGCCCUGUACCAGAUAAAAACCCCAUAUAACUCUGACAUUUUCUUUGUUCUGAAACAUCAUUAAAAGAGUGACAGUACAUUGAAUGGUUAUAAUUUGAUUUUCUUUUUUUUCAAUUCAAAAUUGUUAUUACUUUUAAGAUUUGAAUUUGCUUGAAGCAAAGUGUAAUCAUUGAAAUUCACUAGUGUGAAUUAAACGAGGGAUAUUUAUCAAUAUUUCUUUAAAUCUUUUAAACUCCUUUCAGGUAUUUAGUUCUGCACAGUAAGCUAUUUACAUUUGGAUGAUCCAUUAGUCUCCUGUGCUACCAUAGAGGUAGCAUAGAAUUUUACCUCAAACUUAAAACAACAUAAAUGUAUUUUCCUAACAAUUCUGGAGAUCAAAACUGUCACUAGGCUAAAAUCAAGGCAGAAGCAGGAUUGUGUUCCUUCUGUGGGCUCCAGAGGGAAAAAUUCUGUUUGCUUACCUUUCCAACUUCUCACUCGCUCCCUCCCUCCAUUUUUCAAAGCUAACCAAGGGGAGUCAAGUUCUUCUCAACUCUAAUUAGGUAGACAUUUUGAUAUUCUUCAUUCCUCUACUUUUUUUAGGACCCUUGUAAUUACACGGGGGCCACCUGAAGAAUCCAGGAUAAUCUCCUAUUUUAAGAUUAAUUAGCAACCUUAAUUCUCCUUUUCCAUGUAAUGUAACAUAUGCAUGGGUUUUGGGGUAGGAUGUAUAUAUCUGUGGGGGACCCUUCUACCUACCACAGAUGGCCUUUCUACUACUGGCAUAUAUGUAUUAUAAGAUUUUACUUAAAAAGAUCAAGCAUUUAGAUUUUGUCCCAAAUGAAAUAAUAUGGACUAUUUUGAUACAUUUCAUGAGUAUAAGAUAUAUUUAAACAACUGUAAAUUUUCCCAUGUGUUUCAAAGGACAAGUUUAGAAAAAAUUAGCACAAAUCAUAAGUAACAUGCAAUUUCAAAAACCUAUUUCACAUCAUGGACAUAGUAUUUUGUAAUUAGGGUUCCACUUUUUAAAAAAAUAUCAUUAAUGCAAAACAAAUAUUGAUGGUUUUGAUAGUUAGCAGUCACAAUUUCUUAGGUUCUGUAAGAAAAGUAAGUUUGAAAGAAAAGCUAAAUAAAAUCACUGAGUAGUCUGAUACAUAUAUCUUUGUCGUGUCUGUGCACACACAGAAAACAAAUGUGCUGCAGUUUAAAAGAAAUUAAGGUGGAAGGAACCUUUUGGUUAUUUCGAUUAAGAGAGUCAGAGGGGGAAAAGAAGAACCUGAAUUCCUUCUUCAGUGUUCUUUCCUAAUUUACAGUGCAUCUCAAAGAUCCAUUCCUUCACAUUAGUAAAGAAGAAAGCAUGCAUUUGAAAUUGAUAGACUGCUAAUUUACACCUUGAGUUCAUCAGUGUCAUAGUGAUUAUUUUAUACCUUAAACCUUUUUAGACUUUAUAAGUUUUAUAAUGUCAAAACCUAUGCAAUACUCCUUUAAAAAGUGUUGCUGAACCAAUAUAGUGCUCAUAAAUAGAAAUGUUAAAAAUGCAUCCUGUAAUUAAGAAUGAAUUAAAUGCAUCAUAUUUUUCACUUUUUAUUUGACUCACGGAAGUGUGGUCCACUUUUAACUUUGUAAAGUAGCUGUUAGUUUUUUUUAAAUCUCAUUUUAAUCCUUCAUUGUUAAGAUUGAGAAACCAUAAAGUGCUAUAUCUUUAUGAGAAAAAUUUUCUUAGAGGAAUAUUUCUUAAGGAAUAUUUCUUAGAGGAUGAUGUAAAUUUGCUGUUUGUCUUUUAACCUUGGUCACCCAAGCAUACUAAACAACCCCAAUUAGCUAGCAUGUAAACUUAAAAAUGGAAGGGAGGUAUUUUCACAGAGAAUUAUAACAUCAUAACAAACAGCUGUAAAGAGGCUCACUAGUGUACUUUGUGUACCUUAAUAUGGGGGGAAAAUGAUUUUUUAAUAAAAAUAUUAGGCAUCUAAUUCUACUUUUUGCUUUUGAAAUGUAAAAACCAGAAAUGAACCUCGUAACAAAAAGGGUGUCUAGUUGUAUGUGUAGCAAUUCCUGUAAGUACCAAGAGCCAAAGAAGAAUCCUCUAAGUUUAAUGAAUAUGAUUUAAGAACCGAAAGAAAAGUCCUCAACAGACUGGGUGCAGUGGUACCCAUUUGUAAUCCUGGCUACCCAGGAGGCAGAGACAGGAGGAUCACAAGUUGGAGGCCAGCCUGGAUAAAUUAGCCACACUCCAUCUCAGAGAAAUACAAAAAGGCUGGGGUUUUAGCUCAUAGUAGAGUGCCCCUACAUUUAAUCCCCAAUACCAGGCAAAGUUAGUGCUCCACAGUGCCAAUUUUUAGAAAACCUGUGUGAUGAGAUUGGUCAUUCUUCUUACCCUUAAUACAGAAGUUUCUUUUAAAGGAAUCUGGAUACAUCCAGACAUUUCUUGAGUUGUUCAUAGGCCUGGAACUGCACUGAGAAACAUAAGGCACGUUUGGGGGACAUCCCCUUAAUCCUUUUACCCCAAACCUGACAUUUAAAGUAACACUAGCAAAUUAAUUCCUGUAGGAGGUGCUGUCGAUUUACAAAUGACCAGGAAAGAUCAGGUUACUAGGUUAAGACUUGUUUAUCUGAAUAUCUACAUAGUGAAUUAGUCAUAAUUUCUUUUAAUAAUUAACAAAAUAGUAAGAGGUUGCUGCAGCGUAGCGGCAGGUCUGCUUACCUUGCAAUGUGAAAUGCAUCUUGUUUUGAAUCAUACUGCUGCAAUCUGAAGAGAGCUUUUUAUUUGAAAGGUUUGGGGAGACCUUUCUUGCUGUUCUUCCAUGAGACGGCUUGCUGAUAAGAGAAUCAGAUCAAGUCCCCGCUGCUGGGAGCAGGUUUCCCCAGUUUUAAUCAAGGAACAUUGGGUAUGCUUUAGCCCUGAAGCUCAGAGUUCAAAAUCCACCCGGCCCAUUUCACUCUUCUUACCUAGCGACCAACGAGCCAAGACGCCGGCGAAGGCCUCUCAGAAAGGCCACAUCCUCCACACCCUGUGCUUAAGACCAGGAAGAAAGCUACAUUUUUAGCUCCAGUAGCUGAAGGACACUAAAACAUCUUAUUUAGGUUUUUCUGAAAAGAAAACUUUGCUCUAGUUACCACUUCUUGAAAAGAGAUAAAGAAAGGCAUGCAAUACCUGUAGGUCUUGAGAGCAUUUUAAGAUCAAAAGAAGAAAUGCUUUUUAAAAAGUUGUGAGGAACAAAUAGAACCGAGGGAACUUAGCUUUGGGAAACGCGAAGGCAACUGAGAGCUGUCCUGAUUGAGGCUCCUAAAACCCGGUUCCCGCUGACAGAAAAGGAAGCAGAUAACUCCUCACCACCUUCUUUUCUCCUCCCUCACACCACACUUAACAGAACCCCAGAAUCCCCAGAAUGUAACUAAUAAUGAAGCGAGGUUCGGAAUGAAACGCAAAGAGCUGCUUGGAAUGGAGAGAAACGCACGCUCCAGCCGCACUGCUUGUGAGCCGCCUUCCCCAACUGGAGACACUGAAAACCUCCGUCCCUUCGGCUCCAAGGACUUCCCGAGGGCGUGGGCAGACAUAGAGGUCCAGGGACUCCCGUGUGGUCCAGGAUCGGGCUUCCAAGGACAUCGCCCUAAACCAAAAGGAAGCAGGAAGGGGGCAGGGGUAGUGCAGUAAGGUGAGUUCCCGACUAGGGUCGCCCCUUCCCCUCCCCAGAAGUGACGCCACCCUGCGUUCUCUGAUGUUUUCUUUCCCGCCGCUCCUGGCAAUCUUUGGAGCACUCUCCAAUGGAGAGACUGAGAAUUAGGGGCACACACCAUUCCUGGAAGGUGCGCCUCUUGCGCGAGGAGGCCUCUAGACUCCCUACCCACAAAGUGUAGGGGAAAGAUUCCGAGUUAGCUCUCUGCACCGGUCCUCCGUCCCCUCUCCACCACGGUGGCCUAAACGCAUUCAGAAGAAAUUCCCAGGCCACUCCUCGAGCUGCGGGUCAGCGGAGCAGCUCGCCAGGCCCUCGCCUGCCACUUCCCGCCUGAGCUCGCCCGGCCUCCGGCGCGUCUCGGGUGCGCAGGUCGGAGGGCGGACUCGCCAGCAGUAGUUAAGAAAGCGAGCGAAUUUUUCUGGUGGCUCCCGCUCCACAGGUGAAGAGGGCGCUUUAUGAAGCCAGUGCUAAUUUCUCGCUCCUGGGGCAAAAAUGAAAAUAUCAACGCUUGUCAUCUGUCUGCAAGUAGAAAACGAACUAGGGGAGUUACACCCUAUCAUUUUGCUUUUCUUUUAUAAAUGAAUCACACCGAAAUGAUAAGAUGCACACAAAACAAUGCAAAAUUCCCAGUGUGCGUUUCCAAAGAAAGACGAGAAAACUCUAAGGUGCUAAGAUCUCCCGGGUUCCUGAGAACGGGCCUUGGAUGGAUGGAGGUAUCCCCAUGGACAUUCUGAAACCUCCCUAACUGGAGAUGCAAACA